UCGCAUUUUUCUGUUUAGGGAGGCUGAUAGAAGAGAGGGAUCGCGGCUGAGAGCUGAAUGGACCAGGUUUGCUCGAAAUGUAAAGAUGACAAAACAUUAGGAGUGUUUUAUGAAGCUUAACGUUUAUUAUACAAGUAUAAACAACCGAUUUUAAGAAGUUACUUGCCUUUGGUUACUAUACUGUAAAAAUACGAGAGUCUUUAUUUAUCUACUAAUGUGACGCAACAGCAUCAGUGGAUCCACAACCAGAAUCUUUGAACAAUAGGACAAGCUUUAGUGUAGUGGACAUGAGAUUCUGAACACAGUAGAGACCAGUGAGUACUACCUAGAUUUGUUUUUAAAGCAGCUAUAUUGUUCAGUUGCACUGGUGGUCUGAGAUAUUUAAUACAAGUCCAUCAAAGGACAGUUACAUGAUGUACCAGAAUGGGUCAUCGGGCUGAUGUGAAGAUGAACCACAGGAGCAGCCCAGCAAAAGCUUAUGAUUUCCUCCUGAAAUUCCUGCUGGUUGGAGACAGUGAUGUUGGGAAAGGGGAAAUACUGGCCAGUCUACAGGAUGGGUCCAGUGAGUCACCCUAUGGAUACAAUAUGGGAAUAGACUACAAGACCACCACAAUCCUGUUGGAUGGGCGGAGAGUGAAGCUUGAGCUUUGGGACACCUCGGGACAAGGCAGAUUCUGCACCAUUUUCCGGUCGUACUCCAGGGGAGCGCAGGGGAUCCUGUUGGUGUAUGACAUCACCAACCGCUGGUCGUUUGACGGGAUAGACCGCUGGAUCAGGGAGAUUGAUGAGCACGCACCUGGUGUACCCCGUAUUCUUGUGGGUAACCGGCUGCACCUGGCAUUCAAGCGUCAGGUCCCUACAGAACAGGCACGUGCGUACGCAGAAAAGAACGGUAUGACGUUUUUCGAAGUGAGCCCUCUCUGCAACUUCAACGUCAUUGAGUCGUUUACAGAGCUGUCGCGCAUCGUGCUGAUGAGGCAUGGCAUGGAGAAGUUUUGGAGGCCCAACAGAGUUUUCAGCCUGCAGGACUUGUGCUGCCGCGCCAUUGUGUCCUGCACCCCCGUGCACCUAAUCGAUAAGCUGCCGCUUCCUGUGGCCAUCAAGAGCCAUCUGAAGUCGUUCUCCAUGGCCAACGGCAUGAAUGCCGUCAUGAUGCACGGACGAUCCUACUCGCUAGCCAACGCCGCCGGAGGCAGCAAAGGCAACAGCCUCAAACGCUCCAAAUCCAUCCGGCCGCCUCAGAGUCCGCCACAGAACUGCACCAGGAACAACUGUAAGAUCUCCUAGCCUCUGGGCGCAGGGGCGGGGCUUCCCUUCCCUUACAUAACACUCAGGUGCACUCGGACAAACACACCAGGAAACCAACACGGGGCUGGGCCAAUGACGCGACAGGUGCGCCACCUCCCGGUGUGGGGAGAGCAGGAUGUGAACAAACGCUUCCUGCCGCUACGGAUGGCUACAUUUCUCCCCUCACAUUGCUGCAGUACAGUUGACUCCUCACUCACAGCUCGUGGAUAAAAACAAACCCUUGGUCAGACUCUGAUUUCGUUGCAGUGGCAUGUUUCCUUCCGCGCUAGCGCCCUCUACUGGAGAGUCCGUGCCGCUCUAUAACCCCGCGUUGGCUGAGAGGCCUCGUUUUGAAGUUGUUUUAUGGGCUUAUAAUACGCUUUGGUUUUGUUCUCGUUUGCUCAUGCUCAUUAUCCUCAGCGCUCUGCAUAUGGCGUUCCUCUUUUUUUUGUUUGCUCUUUGCAGGGGCCUGUUCUCCCUGCAAAUACUGAAGUACCUCGUCACAUGGUCUUGCAUGCUUGCCAGCGAUGAGAGGGCUGAUGCAAAAUGACAUGUAGUGCUUACGUAUGAACUGAUGUAUUAAAAAUGUGAUUUGCACUGCA